AUGGAUUUUCAUCAGACAGUGACGAAAUUCUACAGUGUCUUGCGCGGUUCUGAUGUCGCUCGCAGCCCCACAAGAAGCAGCGUCUGCUCAGGCCGCCUGUGCUCAUGGUUUUCUCCUCCUGUUGCUCUCUGUGCUGCAGGUAACAGGUUCUUCCUGACGUCCUACGGAGCCCUGUACAUAUCGGACGUACAGAAGGAGGACGCUCUUUCCACCUACCGCUGCAUCACCAAGCACAAGUACAGUGGCGAGACCCGGCAGAGCAACGGGGCCAGGCUCUCUGUGCUGGACCCUACAGAGUCCACCCCAUCCAUUCUGGACAGCUUCCAGUCAGGGGAGGUGCAGGCGGGACGGAGUGUGGAGAUGCCCUGCAUCGCUUCGGGAUACCCCAAUCCCACCAUCCGAUGGCUGAAGGAUGGGCGGCCGCUGCCCACUGACUCCCGCUGGACGCGCCGCCUCACCGGCCUGACAGUCAGCGACCUGAGGCUGGAGGACAGUGGCAACUACAUUUGCGAGGUCACCAACAGCUUCGGCUCUAAGGAAGUGACCAGCCACCUCAGCGUCAUUGAGCCCCUGCGAGUGACCCUGGCCCCCAAGAACCUGAAGACGGGCAUCAGCAGCACGGUCAUCCUCACCUGCGCCGUGCAGGGCUCCCCUGAGUUCACGGUCACCUGGUUCCGCAAUACCGAGCCCGUGACCCCCGACCAGCAUUUCUCCAUCCAGGGGGCCCACAAUGAGACCCUCUUCAUCACCGCGGCCCAGAAAAAGCACUCGGGCGCGUAUCAGUGCUUCGCCACCCGCAAGGGCCAGACCGCUCAGGACUUCUCCAUAAUCCUGCUGGAGGACGGGACGCCCCGCAUCGUCUCCUCCUUCAGCGAGAGGGUGGUGGCCCCCGGGGAGCCCUUCUCUCUCAUGUGCGCGGCCAAGGGCGCGCCCCCGCCCACCAUCACCUGGACCCUGGACGACGAGCCGGUGGCGCGCGACUCGGUGCACCGGACCAGCCAGUACACGCUUUCGGACGGCAGCACCGUCUCCCAUGUCAAUGUGACGAGCCCUGAGAUCCGUGACGGGGGCGUGUACCGCUGCUCAGCCCGCAACUCUGCCGGUAGCGCCGAGUACCAAGCGCGCAUAAACGUAAGAGGCCCGCCCAGCAUCCGGGCCAUGCGCAACAUCACCGCCGUGGCGGGUCGCAACACCUUCAUCAACUGCCGGGUGAUCGGUUACCCCUACUACUCCAUCAAGUGGUACAAGGAUGCCCUGCUGCUGCCCGACAACCACCGGCAGGUGGUGUACGAGAACGGUACGCUGAAACUGAGCGAUGUGCAGAAGGGCAUGGACGAGGGUGCCUACGUGUGCAGCGUGCUCAUCCAGCCGCAGCUCUCCAUCAGCGAGAGCGUCUACGUCACCGUCAAAGUCCCACCCCUGAUCCAGCCCUUUGACUUCCCACCGACCUCCAUCGGGAAGCUAAUGUACAUCGCCUGCGUGGUCUCUUCGGGCGACAUGCCCAUCCGCAUCACCUGGCGCAAGGAUGGGCAGGAGAUCGUGUCAGGUUCCUCGGGCGUCAACAUUGAGACCAAAGAGUUCAUGAGCUCCCUACAGAUACCCAAGGUCUCGCUCAAGCACAAUGGCAACUAUACCUGUAUAGCUAGCAACGACGCCGCCACAGUGAGCUCGGAGAGGCAGCUCAUCGUCACAGUACCCCCACGGUUUGUAGUCCAGCCGAAUAAUCAGGAUGGAAUCUAUGGCAAAGCGGGGGUCCUGAAUUGUUCUGUAGAUGGUUACCCCCCACCCAAAGUGAUGUGGAAGCACGCCAAAGGUAUAGGAAACCCCCAGCAGUACCACCCAGUGCCUCUGACCGGUCGGAUCCAGAUCAUGGCUAAUGGGUCCCUGCUGAUCCGGCACGUCCUGGAGGAGGACCGUGGGUACUACCUGUGCCAGGCCAGCAACGGCGUGGGCUCUGACAUCAGCAAGAGCAUGGUGCUGACCGUGAAGAUCCCUGCCAUGAUCACCUCUCACCCCAACACCACGAUCGCCAUUAAGGGACAGGAGAAGGAGCUGACCUGCACUGCACGCGGCGAGUGGCCCAUAAUCAUCCGCUGGGAGCGCGGGGACACCGUCAUCGACACCGACCGCAACCCCCGCUACUCCAUCACCAGCUCCAACGAGAAGAGUGACGAGGUCAUCUCUACCCUCAAGCUGAAGCCUGCCGAACGCGGAGACUCUGUCUUCUUCUCCUGCCACGCCAUCAAUUCGUACGGAGAGGGCCGAGGCCUCAUCCAGUUAACCGUGCAAGAGCCCCCUGACCCCCCAGAGCUGGAGGUCCGGGAGGUGAAGGACCGUAGCAUGAACCUCCGCUGGACCCAGAGGUUCGACGGCAACAGCAUGAUCACCAGCUUCGACAUCGAGUACAAGAACAAAUCCGACACCUGGGACUUGAAACACGCCACCCGCAAGAUCGCGCCCACAAACCACCAGGCCAACAUCGUGGAGCUGCAUCCAGCCUCCGUCUACAGCAUCCGCAUGUACUCCUACAACAAGAUUGGUCGCAGCCAGGCCAGCAAGGAGCUCACCGUCAGCACAGAGGAAGCGCAGCCCGAUGGUCCUCCAAUGGAUGUGACCCUGCAGCCAAUGACAUCGCAGAGCAUCCGUGUGACCUGGAAGGCCCCAAAAAAGGAGCUGCAGAACGGGGUGAUCCGGGGCUACCAGAUCGGGUACCGGGAGAACGGCCCAGGCAGCAACGGCCAGUACAGCAUCGUGGAGAUGAAGGCCACGGGCGACAGCGAGGUCUAUACCCUGGACAACCUGAAGAAGUUCGCCCAGUAUGGGGUGGUGGUCCAGGCCUUCAACCGUGCCGGGACUGGACCCUCCAGCUCCGAGAUCAACGCCACCACUCUGGAGGACGUGCCCAGCCAACCCCCCCAGAAUGUGCGUGCGGUCACCGUCACCUCAGACGAGGCGGUCAUCACAUGGUCGGAACCCCCACGGAUGACCUUGAACGGGGUGCUGAAGGGCUACCGCGUGGUGUUCUGGUCCAUCUUCCCUGAUGGAGAAUGGGGAGAGAUGCAGAACAUCACCACGACGCGGGAGCAGGUGGAGCUGAGGGGCCUGGAGAAGUUCACCAACUACAGCGUGCAGGUGCUGGCCUACACGCAGGCCGGGGACGGGGUGCGCAGCAACGUGCUCUACAUCCAGACCCGGGAGGACCACCCAGGUCCACCUGCAGGAAUCAAGGCUGUCCCAUCCUCUGCCUCCAGUGUUGUGGUGUCCUGGCUGCCCCCUCUGAAGCCUAAUGGUAUCAUCCGCAAGUACACCAUCUACUGCUCCAGCCCUGGGUCUGGGCAACCUGCACCCAGCGAGUAUGAAGCCAACCCAGAGCUGCUGUUCUACCGCAUCACACACCUGACCCGCGGGCAGCAGUACCUCAUAUGGGCCGCCGCCGUCACCACCGCCGGUCGGGGCAACAUCAGCGAGAAGGUCACCGUGGAGCCUGCUGGGAAGGCGCCGGCCAAGAUCCUGUCCUUUGGGGGCACGGUGACCACGCCUUGGAUGAAGGAGGUACGUCUGCCUUGCAGCUCUGUGGGCGAGCCCAGCCCCACCAUCAAGUGGACUAAGGACAGCGAGGACUCCGCAAUCCCAGUGACGCUGGACGGCCACCGCCUCAUCCUGGCCAAUGGCACGCUGGUGCUGCGCUCGGUGAAGGCUGAGGAUUCUGGAUACUACACCUGCACGGCCACCAACACCCUCGGGUUCGACACCAUCAUCAUCAACCUACUUGUACAAGUGCCCCCUGACCAGCCCCGCCUGACUGUGUCCACGACCUCCACCUCCUCCAUCACCUUAGCCUGGGUCCCAGGAGACAACGGGGGCAGCUCCAUUCGAGGCUUCGUGCUGCAGUAUUCGGUGGACAACACGGAGGAGUGGAGGGAUGUCUUCAUUAGCUCCAGCGAGCGCUCCUUCAAGCUGGACAACCUGCGCUGUGGCACCUGGUACAAGGUCAAGCUGGCGGCGAAGAACAGCGUGGGCGCCGGGCGCAUCAGCGAGAUCAUCGAGGCCAAGACCCACGGCCGCGAGCCCCAGUUCAACAAGGACCAGCCACUCUUCACCCACAUCAACUCCACGCACGCGCGCCUCAACCUGCAGGGCUGGACCAGUGGCGGCUGCCCCAUCACGGCCGUCCUGCUGGAGUUCCGGCCCAAGGGGACCUGGGCGUGGCAGAACCUGCGCACCAACGCCUCUGCCGACGUCUUCCUGGCCGAGCUGCGCGAGGCCACCUGGUACGAGCUGAAGAUGAAGGCCUGCAACAGCGCUGGCUGUGGUAACCAGAGCUCCCAGUUCGCCACGCUGGACUACGACGGAAGUACAAUCCCGCCCAUCAAGUCGGCGCGUGGGGAGGGGGACGACGUGAAGAAGCUGUUUACCAUCGCCUGCCCCGUCAUCCUGGUGACCCUGGGACUGGCCCUGCUCUUCAUCAUCCGCAAGAAACGCAAGGAGAAGAGGCUGAAGAGACUGAGGGACGCCAAAAGCCUGGCUGAAAUGCUCAUCAGUAAGAACAAUCGCAGCUUUGACACGCCGGUGAAGGGGCCACCGCAGGGACCUCGGCUGCACAUCGACAUCCCCCGCGUCCAGCUGCUGAUCGAGGACAAGGAGGGCAUCAAGCAGCUCGGUGAGGACAAAGCUACUAUUCCAGUGACGGACACAGAGUUCAGCCAAUCAGUGAACCCUCAGAGCUUCUGCACAGGCGUGUCCGUGCACCACCCUGCCCUCAUCCAGAACACCGGUCCUUUGAUUGACAUGUCCGACAUCCGACCCGGAACCAACCCUGUAUCCAGAAAGAGCGUGAAGUCAGCUCACAGCACACGGAACCGCUAUUCCAGCCAAUGGACCCUGACCAAGUGCCAGGCAUCUACGCCAGCCCGUACCCUCACCUCUGACUGGCGCACGGUGGGCUCCCAGCACGGUAUCACUGUGACAGAGAGCGACAGCUACAGCGCCAGCCUCUCCCAGGACACCGACAAAGGCCGCAACAGCAUGGUGUCAACGGAGAGCGCCUCGUCCACCUACGAAGAGCUGGCCCGGGCCUACGAGCACGCCAAGCUGGAGGAGCACCUGCAGCACGCGAAAUUCGAGAUCACCGAGUGCUUCAUCUCCGACAGCUCCUCCGACCAGAUGACCACCGGCACCAACGAUAACGCCGACAGCAUGACCUCCAUGAGUACGCCUUCCGAGCCGGGUAUCUGCCGCUUCACCGCCUCCCCGCCCAAGCCGCAGGACUAUGACCGUGGCAAGAAUGUGGCUGUGCCCAUCCCCCACCGCGCCAACAAGAGUGACUACUGUAACCUCCCUCUCUACAUGAAGACGGAUCCCUUUUUUCGCAAGCAGGCAGAGCUUCACGAUCCGUGCCCCGUGGUGCCCCCCCGCGAGGCCUCUAUCCGCAGCCUGGCCGCCCGCGCCUACCACACGCAGGCCCGGCACAUGACUUUGGACCCAGGCAAGCAGCAGGCGCUCACGCUGGGCCACGGCGGGCUGGGAGGGUUGAGCGGAGCCGGGGCCAGCGGAGGAUUAGGGGGUUCGGGCACUGCCACGCUGCCCCAGCGGACUCUGACCAUGCCUGGCCCCUCGGCCCAGAGUACCACCUCCUCCACUGCUGCCAUGGCGGCCAGCGCUGGCUCUGGCAGUAAUCCCACUUCUGCCACCAAAAUGGCUGGCUCCAGAGACUCCUUGCUGGAGAGCAGCUCAUCUGGACUGGGCAGACUGCAGAAGCAAGGAGCUGGGGCCUACUCCAAGUCUUACACCCUGGUGUAGGCCUCUGGAGCUGAGAAGCUGGGGAGGGGGGGAGGGGGGGCAUGUGAACACUGGGGGCCUGAGCUAUGGCUGGACGUAGACUGUUGGUGUCAAUAGAGACGAGGAGCACAGGGGCAGGCAGAGAUCUGACUCCGACACAGCAGUGGCAUCUAUACAGCACAGGCACUCGUUUGUUUGUCUCUUGCUUUCUUUCUCUUUUCUUCAUCCCUCUUUCCCAGAACCAUGCCAAACCUAACAUCAUUAUUAUCACCGGGAUUAAUCUCCGCUCCUCGAAUCCUCCUAUAAUCGUAUUGACUUCAUAUCUUUCGUUUUAUCUCUCUCCCCCGUUGGCGGAGGGCGCUACGACGUUUAUGCGCGAGAGGCUUUCUGCAUAUGCUAGUCCCAAAGUAAGCGAAAAUUAAGCAUAUAAGAGCUGUAUAGUUAUCACCUAUACCUUUCUAGGUGUUUUAAAAUGUCAGAAAUGCCACCCCCCCCUUGACAUCUGUAACUGUUCGGAUAACAUGGUGCAUCGGUGCGGAAAGUACUUCAGCAUAAAGCUCACCAGUGUCUUUCCCAGCUGCCUCCAGUUCACCCAGCUCCCCUCUCCCCUGGCCACACGUAUUUUAGAAAGAAUUCCAAGCUUGUGGCCUCAGCCGUCUGUUUGAGUCUGUGAGAUUUCCUAUUCCAUGCAAUUUACAGGAAAAAAAAUACAGUAUCGAAGUUUUUUUUUUUUUUUAACAAACAUAGAAAGAUUUCAAAAGUACGAAGUUAUCUUUGAGGUGGACGAAUCAGAACUGUUUCUCUGAAGGUUUUUUUCUUUUUUAAAAAAUAUAAACUCAUGUGCACUAAAAGAGGGUGAAUGGAACCUAAGAGCUGUUGCAAGCCUACAUGUGUGUGCGUGUGUGUGUGUGUGUAUAUGUGUAAAUAUAUAUGUAUACAUGUGAUCAACACACGCUGAAGGUCCCUUUCACAUCAGUUUCCAUAUUUCCUGGCAGAAUUCCACAUCAGGAGUCAUGCAUCAACUUUGUCUCCUACCCCCCCCCCCCCCCCCCCCCCCCCCCCCCCACGAGAAUCUGCAGAACCAGGUUUCCGUGGAGAUUAACAAUCGUCCAUCACGUGACUUUCUCACACGCUAUCGCCUCAUCCUCAUUGUGUCCUCGUGCCAGUGACUGUGCGUGUCGUCAUCACGGGGGGUUGCGGGUCCUUCAUCUCUGCUUGGUGUUACCCCUCCCUCCCCUGAAUCUUUCUGCCCAGAGAUCACCCCCCCCCCCCAUGCGUGCUGCCCUCUGGAGUCUCACUGUGACAGGCUUGCAGCCUCUCCCCAACAGAUGGACUGACAGAGAGGUGCUAUGGACACAGAGUGAACGAGGAUAGAGAUCCGCUGCAGCAGAGUGGCUUUUAAUUUCCGUCGUUGUUUACUUCCGUGACAUUUAACUCCACUGUUCAUCUUUUCUUGUCCGAGCCUUUUGCUUACUCGCCUAAAGGAAAGUAUUUAAAUUGUUCUGCUUUUCCUGAGAGGCAGGGCAGUGGACUGGGAUGGCCAUACUGGGGUGGGGGGUGGGGGGGUUAGAUAAUAGAAAAUGUUCAUUUGGAAGGAAGUUGGUGUUUUAAUUUUAGUUGGUCUGGAAAAAUGUUAUUUCCCCUCUUAUUCUAUACCCAAAGCUGAUCCCUGUUUCACUGAAAAAGCAACAAAAAACCAUAAGGAAUUCAAUUGAAAAUUUCUCAUCAGGGCUCCUGCAAUACAAAAAUAUAUAUUAUAAUAUUUGAGAUCUACAAAAAAAAGUAUAUACAUAUAUAUUUCUAUCUAAAUAUAUAGAGAAAUAUAUAAAUGGUGGACAAAAUGUGAGAUGUGAAGCUGUGUUAAUAAAAAAAAAAAUAUUAACGAGACAAUCGUUCAGUGUGUAGAGCUGCAAGGUGUGUAGAAGAGUGAGGAAUAGGAGAAGAGGAGAGGAGGGAGUGGAAUCUGUAGAGGAAGAAUGAAUGAGAGAUAUUCAGAGAAAAGGAGAGCGGAAUAGGAGGAGAUAGUCGAACAAGAAAAGGUCAGGUCUGUUCCAGGGGUCUUUAGGUGCCCUACAGUCAUAGCAAAAGGCUGUUUGAUUUCAAGGUGCACAAUUUUACAGCAAGGUACUGAAUAAGGUGCUUAGGAAUUAAAAGCUUCCUGUGCAUUUUUUUUUGUUUGUUUUACUGCAGCAUUUUUGGUCUCUAUAUGUCUUGUAUGUGUUUGCACACAAAUGUGGGAAUGUAUAGGAAAAAAUCCCAUUUAAAGACAAGUUAAAACGUAGGGUUCCUCAUAGGGUUGACAUAUGAUGAUCCUUUCUGAAGUGAGCUUUCAGGAGCUGUAGCAUGUUAUAAUCAUUGUUUUCACUUUUGAAAAAAAUAUAUAUAUUAAGGCGAUGUUUUAAUAAUUGAAAUAUUGUGGAAUAGCAGACGAGAUGCACUGCACUGUGGUGCCAUUGUCAGUUAUUAAGUAACUUUAUUUCUAAUGAAUUAUGCACUGCUUCCCUGUUUAUUCUUGUUUUUAGAAUGGCUUAUAAAAAAAAAGUGUUGGAUACUGGUUGGAUUUUAACUGGUAAAUUGAACAGCGGUUCUGUGUCAAUGUGAAAGUUUGUGGCUUAUUGACAAGUUGCUACAAUACCAGCUAGAACUCAUUGGCCCUAGAGGAACAGACCUGGCCAGCCCCAGAACAUUCUUGGCCCAUUCUAGUCUGCUAAAAAUAAGGGGUUGCAGUCCAUGUACUUCCAUCUAAAGAGAGACUAGAAUUGAGGAAACCGAGGUGAAUGAGGCUUUAAUGGUGAGCUGGACAGGUUUUUUUUUUGGAACGGCCAGCGCUCAGGUGGGCUGCAAGCCCAUAGGUUACUGCAACCCUGCUGCCACAGGUGGGACCUCUUGGGUCUCUGUGAGUGGAGGGAUAGACGACUUCAGGGACAGAUCAUAGCUGCUUGCACACAGCACCACCUAACUGUGCAGCCCAGCUGCAGCUGUACAGUACAUCCACCAGACUCUGGACCUAAGAAUCAUCACAUUAGCCAGAGUUUCUCUCUGUUAUCGCAAGACUCAGCCCCGACAUAGUAAUCACAAACAGCCUGGUUAAAGGCAGAGGCCUGUGGUGACAUUCUGUACACAUCAGCCCUAACAUUUUGUCUCUGUAAAACAGGUCAACUUCUAGUGCUGUGAAAAAAAAGUAAAGAUGAAACAGAAAAAGUAUCACUUCAGUGUUUUGGAGAUUCCAGUGUAUUUCCUGACAUAUGUUCUUGAACAUGAUACAUCCUGUUCUUCAAGACCAAAAUGAGUUCAAGAGACAGUGGGUGCAGUGUUGUCAUUCUUCAAAACUCUUCAUACCCCGUCUCAUUUUAAUGAUGAACUCUUUAUUUACUGCUCCUCAUGUUCUACAUUUACUGGGCAGAACAGUCUGCUUCUAAAAUAAUAUCCUUUUUCGUUAUGACUGUAGAUACGGAAUUUUUCCUUUUUAAUUUAUGUUAAUGUAAUCUUGGUUACAAGAAAGGCAGUGGUGUCAUGCUAUGGAGCAGGCCAGUUUAGUAAAUUGAAAUCAGGGACUCCCUCGCUCCAACCAAUCACACGAAGGAGCUGUGUGAAAAUUGGGCGGAGUCAGGAAACAAUCCCCUUCCUUACCCACCCAGUUCACCCUGCCCAUUUUUUUCUACAUGCCCCUUGUCCUUGACCAAUCAGACCCCGUUCUUUCCCUUCAACCCUACCCUUCUCAACAUUAUUUAUAAACAAAAAAUAGACUCUUGUAUAUAAGAAACGGUUUUGUAUAAAUAAUAACUAUUUUCGUCAUCUCCAGAAUAAACCAGGGCACAGCUUAAGGUUUGAUGUUAUAACUUAAAAAAAAACAUCGGGUAUAAAAGGAAAAGAAUUAACAAAAAUAAUUUACACCUUAAUUUCUGAAUGGGGCAUAACAAACCAGAAUAGAGAAUAGUGUCUGGCUUUUACAUUCAUAUAUUUAUUUUGUUUUGAUUAUUAUUAUUAAUUAAUUAAUUAAUUAAUUUCGUUGCAUUUAUAUUAAUUUUAUGUCAUGGUUUUGUUUUUUAAGAUUUUCUUUUCACUUUUUUUCUUGAAGAAAAAAGGCAUUGCAUGCACUGAAUAUUUUGCUGGUUAAAAAAGAAAAACAAACAAAACCUGAAAAAGAUAAAAUACCGAAGGGAUUCCUAAACUUUUAUUCAAAAGUUGCUUCUAUUUGCAAUUGCUUGUGUUUAACUAUACAUUCUUUUCUAUGAAAACAAAACAAAAAGAAAAAAGACUAUUCCAACACCUUGUGCAAUAAAGCUAUCUUUCUAUGAA